AUUUGGGGGGUCGACUUCAGGUCGUCGCCCUAAGCGCAAAGCGAAAGAGCGGUGAGAGCAGGGGCGGGCGACACUCCCCGGAGCGGUGCCCCUGCGCCCAGGGCGCAGCGACUGCGCCCUGCCCUCCGGGCGUGGGCGAGUUGGCCGCGUGUGUGCCUCGCUGUUUGACGCGAAGACGAGCCAAUCAGGGCGGGCGGCCCGAGCUGCCAUGUGACGGGCAAGGCGGCCCCUUUCCCCAGCGCGGCCAGAGGGAGGAGAGAACCGGGGCUCGCCGCGAGCCUUCGAGAGCAGCGGCCGCGGAGGAGGCGGCGGCGGCGGGCGGGAGCAGCGGCGGCGGCGGCACAGGCUCGGGGCCAGCCGGGCGCGCAUCCCCGGGUGCCCUGCGCGGUGGAGAGCUUGGCGGGCUGCGGGUGCCGCAGGACAGGAGUGGACAAAGCAAGAUGGCAGGGAUCUUAGCCUGGUUCUGGAACGAGAGGUUUUGGCUCCCGCACAAUGUCACCUGGGCGGACCUGAAGAACACGGAGGAGGCCACCUUCCCGCAGGCUGAGGACCUCUAUCUCGCUUUUCCCCUGGCCUUCUGUAUCUUCAUGGUGCGGCUCAUCUUCGAGAGAUUUGUAGCCAAACCGUGCGCCAUAGCCCUCAACAUUCAGGCCAAUGGACCACAAAUUGCUCCGCCCAAUGCCAUUCUGGAAAAGGUCUUCACUGCAAUUACAAAGCAUCCUGAUGAAAAGAGAUUGGAAGGCCUCUCCAAGCAACUGGACUGGGAUGUUCGAAGCAUUCAGCGCUGGUUUCGACAAAGACGCAAUCAGGAGAAGCCAAGCACGCUGACAAGGUUCUGUGAGAGCAUGUGGAGAUUUUCAUUUUACCUUUAUGUAUUUACCUACGGAGUCAGAUUCCUGAAAAAGACCCCCUGGUUGUGGAAUACGAGGCAUUGCUGGUACAACUACCCCUAUCAGCCACUCACAACUGACCUUCACUACUAUUACAUCCUGGAGCUGUCGUUUUAUUGGUCUUUGAUGUUUUCUCAGUUCACUGAUAUCAAAAGAAAGGACUUUGGCAUUAUGUUCCUGCACCACCUUGUAUCUAUUUUCUUGAUUACCUUUUCAUAUGUCAACAAUAUGGCCCGAGUAGGAACGCUGGUCCUUUGUCUUCAUGAUUCAGCUGAUGCUCUUCUGGAGGCUGCCAAAAUGGCAAAUUAUGCCAAGUUUCAGAAAAUGUGUGAUCUCCUGUUUGUUAUGUUUGCUGUGGUUUUUAUCACCACACGACUGGGUAUAUUUCCUCUCUGGGUGUUAAAUACCACAUUAUUUGAAAGCUGGGAGAUCGUUGGACCUUACCCUUCCUGGUGGGUUUUUAACCUACUGCUAUUGCUAGUACAAGGGUUGAACUGCUUCUGGUCUUACUUGAUUGUGAAAAUAGCUUGCAAAGCUGUUUCAAGAGGCAAGGCUGGGAAGUGGAACCCUUUACAUGUGUCCAAGGAUGAUCGAAGUGAUAUUGAGUCUAGCUCAGAUGAGGAGGACUCAGAACCUCCGGGGAAGAAUCCCCACACUGCGACAACCACCAAUGGGACCAGUGGUACCAACGGGUAUCUCCUGACUGGCUCCUGCUCCAUGGAUGAUUAAUUACUCAAAACUACAAGUCCCAAGCAAAGUGAACUAUUUGUUCCUGGAAGUAUUUAAUAAGUUGCAAAUGCAGUUCCUUUCAUAAUAUCUCAGCACCAGAAACAAAAAUUAAGAUUAUCAAAGCAUUUUGAAUAGUGCACUGCCAUGUGUCCUGUCUGUGAAUGAAGAAGAAUUACCAUUCUCUCUUUGUAGGCAUGCUGUAUGUAAUUGACACAAGGGAACAGUAUUUGCAUUUGUACUGUCUUAGAGUAUUAUUUAUUUUUUUGUAUUUGUAAAUCUGUGGACAAAAGAGGGUUUCCUCACUCCUUUUACUCACUGGGCUCAUGACAGUGAAGGAGAUGCUCCAUCUGCUUCUCCCCCUUUCUCUUGCUGUAGUCCAAUGUGCUAUGAGCAUCAGCUUACUUUGUCACUUAGAGCAAGCAAAACCCAGUGCAAGAUUCUCGUUCAGCUCUAAAUAGGUUUGCUUUCUUUUAGUUACAGUGCCCAUUUUGAAAUUGCCUAUACAGUCUUAGUGACCAUUUAAACCGGACGAACUAGGUGUUUAAUUUUCACUCUUCAUGUUCAAUUAGCAGUUCAAAUUAAAGAAGAUGGUUAUUGGAGAACUUUUUUGAAUGGUUUUGUAUUAAAUUGCUUUGAAAUAGAUUUCAUUUCUUGUGCACACAGCCAAGAUUUCUUCAAUGGGUGUGAGCUAGUUGAGGGUUAACCUUGUAGGUUGCAGAGUGUAUUUGUUUGUUUGUUUGUUUUUCUCUGUGAUGAGGUCAGUGCUCUGAUUUUGAAGGAGGAUAUUCACUGAAGCUCAUAGUUAUAAACAAGGAAAUCACUGUUAAGAAUGGGAAUUUGUCCUGUGUUCUGGGAAUAACAUAAAGAGAGCAACUGAUUUCAGCCAGGUUUUGCCACUACCCUAUAAUUAGUGCAGUCUUAUGUUAUAAAAGAAAGAAGUUAACUAUAUUUGGGGACAAAAAAAUCUUUCAAGAGUUGAUAAAGAUUACCUGUGCAGUGCAGAGCACUUUAAUGCAACCAGCUUUCAAGAAAAAGCCCUAUCUAGUACUUGAUGUUGAUGUUUUUAUUUUGCUGAGCAAAAUAAAGCCAAUGGGAGAAAGACUAUUUUACCCUUUGCUUUUCUCCUUAAACGUAAUCCAGAUGACUUUCCUGUUACUAAACACUGAGCAGCAUUACACUACAAUGCUUCUUUGGUUUCCAGGAAUUUUUUUCAAAUGGGGCUGUUUCUGGAAAAAUGAAAAAUUCUAUUGGACAAUGGCAAUAUCAACAAUGAGGAAAAUUACUGAAGAAUAAGUUUCCAUAUGUCUCCUACACAGCAGUGUUAUUUAUGUACAGAUAAGAAAACCAUAUGUCGGCCAAAGAUUUUAUCUCUUCUUCUAACUUUUAGUAAGAGGAAAAAGGGACUAUAAAACCCUUCAUAAAUCAAGAAGGCCGUCACUUAGAACGAACCCCAAACAAAAAUGCCAUAAUAUAAAUGUGUGAAUCAGGGCUGUGAAGACAACAGCAGAAAUGCUAACAAGUGUGCAGAAACACCAGAGAGUGCGUAUCCUGCUCAGAACCAUUCACAUUUAAUUCAAUUCUUUGAAAAAAAUUAAAGCUUUUUGCCCACAAUUUGCGAUCUGUGAGUUAAUAGUUAAAAGAAUGCUCCCAACCAAAAAAUUCUUACUGUAAUAUUAUAUCUUUCCCUACUUAUUUACAAAAUAAUGUGUUUCUGUUAUGGUCCUUAGUAAUAACUGAAGAGGCUUAGAAAUACAUCUGCUUGUUUAUUGAGAAAACGAUGCAAAUAAUUCUGCCUUUAGAGCUUUGUUAUUUUAUUUCACAAAACAGGCAUAUGUCUGGGAGUGUAAUUUGUGGAUGGUUGAGUUUGUAAGAACAAUCAUAAAAGGACUUGUUAGUCUUCAGAACAUCUGCUAAAAUGCAAGUAUAUGUAUAAGGUAAUAGCAUAUUACAGCUGAAAAUUUUGAGAAGGUAAAAGUUUCUUAAUUAAAAUAUGAACAUAUUUAGCUUGCUUUAGUGUCUGGGGCAAGUCCUCUCAAUGGCUAAAAUUAACUUUAGAGAUCCAUGUGUUCAGGUUUAGAUCAUAUGACACUUGAGCACAGAAGAAUAAUUUCAAGGAGGUCAGCUUGUAAAUUAAAGGUUUAGAAGAAUUGCAUAAAACGUAGUAAAUGGGGUCUGUCAUUAGCAAAGGCAAAUCUAAGCAAUCAUUUUUCCCCCCAGAAGUUACUUAGAAGGAGAACUGGGAACACUUGGGGUCUCUCUAACUGAUGGCAUUCACUUCACACAGUCCUCUGUGUUAUCCAGAGAUUUUUAUUUCAUUUUACAUUUUAGGGCACAGUUCUUUGGGGCUAAUUAAAAUGGGGUUUGCAGGCUUUUUAUGGUGAAGAAUAAUAUAUCUCUGUCUAUAGCUUUCCCGUGGUAGCCUGAUAAGGCUGAGAGAGAAAAAUAUGUGCAGUAUCCCAUCCUCCCCCUGUACCAGGCCAUAGCUUUGAAGUGUAUUUUGUAAAUUCAACUAUAGGUUAGUCAGAGUGCUGUUUUUCGUUAAUUAACUUAGCCUGUGUUGAUAUCGCCUCCUUCCUGGUCACAUUCAAACCUUCCCAGAGUACAAAGGGGUAUGUAGAAAGGAUUCCAGAAGAAGUAAUACUUUAUUCUCUAAUGUUAAUAGCUUUUCUGGAUCUCUUAGUAGGGGGAAAGUAGAAAAUCGAGUAGAAUUUGGCCUCAGGUCAAUAAAUGAUAUAAAAACGUGUGUUCUAUUUAUGUAUAUAUAUGUAUGUUUCUCCAAAAAGUGAUAAAACCAAAAUAUCACUGACUCAUCCCUACCCAUAUUCUUUUCAUAAAACCCACUCACCAGGUACAACAGAAACUUCCCUCCUUGUUUGUCAGCCUCCUGUUCAUGUUCCCCACACACCUGAAGGUGGUAGAAUCUUUUCAGCCUCUUAGCCAGUGAGCUAAAUAUGGCUAAGCACAGGUCAUAAGAGCACCUAAGGCCAGCAAAUAAGCCAACUACAGUUCACCUUUCCAAAUUUGGUCCUAUGGAUGUUGAGCAUAGGGAAGCAACUCUCAGUAUUUUGGAUUAUUCAAGUAUAUGUGGUAAAAAUGCAAAUGAUUGCUGCUUUACCCCAGGGUUUAUUAGCAUCCUACUUCUGCUGGGCUGCAUCAUUAUAUAAUGCCACAGGCAUCUAGUCAAGGUAAACAAGCCAGAAAGGUUAGGCAAGAAGUGAGAUAAAAUCAGAUCACCUUUGAUCAAAAUGGUUGGUGAACCUCCACAUGUCCAGUUCUGUUGCCAAACUUUCCAUUCAGAGUAUUUGGUGGAGUUUGAAUUUGAGCAAACUAAAUGCCUUCAUCUUAGGUAGAAAGGGCCUGAAUCUUCCAUUUUCUAUUCAAACCUCAUUGUUAUUUGGUCUAAGUAAAAAGUCAGAUUUCAUUUCCGUUUACCUGAGUUCGCUUUAAAGAGCUUUUCAAAGAGAGCUUUAUAGACACCCACAAUUGUCCCCAAUCUCUUCAUGAUGUUGCAUUAAUAGUUGUUUUUGUCCCUUUCUUGGAAAUGUUAAUGCCAAAGUUGCCUGAACAUUGGGCGGUUUUCUUAAUUUGAAGUAUAAAAAUUAUAAAGAGUAAUUCCAAAGGUAUUAAAAGAUUGUUUAUCAGUAUGUGUGGUGAUGUCAUUAUCUCCAGAGAGGCUUCAAGAAAUCCUUUGGAAAUAAAAAGUUAAAUGUUUACAUUUCAUGUGGUAUUUCAGGUCUUCAGGUUCUGAUUAGCUUACUUUUUUCCAUUGUCUUUGGCUGAUUUCUGCUUUGUAGAUAAAUAAUAAUAGCCCUGAGAUGUUUCUAACAUUUAAAUAAGAAAAAAAUCAAAUCGAAGUCAGCCUGCUGGAAAAGUGAUCACAUGGCAGUUGCAGUAACUUGUAUGGAAAGAGAAAAUGCAAUGAGCCCAGUUACUGCACUUGCCACUACCAUGCUGUCCAUGGAAGGAAUAAUUAGCAGUUCAGUUGUCACAAGCCGCCCUUGAAGAAAACGCAGCAAAAUAUUUUAAAAUGAAGAUAUUGCAGUCCCCAGAGCCAGUGAAGGUUUCUUUUGGUAAAAUGAAAUUGUGCCAUUCUCAAAGUACCCCGUAGUGAUGAGCACUGACUGGUUCACUGGCCACAUUUUAGUUCUUCAUAAUAGGCCACAAAAGGGCUCUGUGGUUUGCCUCUGUGUGCACUGGCCCCUCCCCACCCCUAGGGGGCACUCAGUAGCUGCUGAGAAGGCCUGUCCACGAGGCUGUUGGAACCCCUCCAAUAAAUACUUAGAGGUAGUGUAUCUGAUGCUUGUUUUCAUGGAGAAAAUUGGAGAACAUAAAGCAUCAUGAAUAUUUUUAAUAGGAUCCGCAGACACCCAAAGGAGAAGCUUGGUCUUUUCCAGGUGUUUCCAACUUGAGUUCAACCCAAAGCCUUUGAAAGGAAUGCAUUACCACAUGGCCACAUGCUAAGACCCCAUGGGGUCUAACACGGGGCCUAAGAAAGUCUCUGCAGCCAGAUAGUACAUGGUGUCUCCACAAAACUAGGCAUUCUGGAGAUGGCCCAGAAAGGGAUGUGAGGGGACCGUUAAGAUCUGUCUUGCUUAUCUCAUGCACUCACAUUCCUUUCAGCCUCCUGGAGUUCCUGAUAAAAGGAAGCCAGGGUGUUGACAUUUUUUAGCUAUUGAUUUCCCAAUAGCUUGUGGAUCAGUUGUACACCCACACUUCCUUCUCUGCCUAAUUCCGUUUUUCUGAAAAAAAAAAAAAAAAAAGUAGUAUGCCCAUAUAUGUGUGUUUUUCUUAACACAGGUCCAUGAAAGUUUGGCUUCCUAGUUUGAUGUCUGUUGCAUGGCCUGGAAACCAGGGAGCAGCAACUAUUGAGAUGGUUUCUGUGUUCAGUGAAAAAUUCUAUUUCAUUGAGACAAUUUUUUCUUUAUCCACAGUAAUUUUUUGAAACUGUCAUCAUGAAACUACCCUUAAGAAAAUAAGAUUACCUGCAAAAAAAAAGAAAUGAGUUAUGGAAUAGGAACAGUUAUGUGAUGAUUCUGAAACUUUAACUUAGAGCUUCAUUACUUUAAGAAUGGAAAACAACCUCUGAGUUUGAUUUCCCAAAGUUUCAUAAAGCCCCUAAGCUCAUGAUAUUCAUCAACUCUUUGCCCACAUAGUCAUUUACCUCCACAGCCGUUUGUUGUCAUAGAAGGGGUGGUGGUGUUUGGAUUUGAUUUUUUUCAACUUGCAGUGAGAAAUAGGAUAGGUGACAAAACCUUACUUGUUUUCUUAAGACAAUUCAGUGCUUGAGCAUCUCUGUCAGAAAUGGAAUGAAAUACUGUUAGCCAAUUAGAAUUAUUUUAUGUAUUGUUAUUGUGUUUUGCUGAUUUUUAUAUGAAAAUAUAAUUAUUCAUUCUUGAUCUCUGGAAGCAAUCAUUAUUAUGAGGAUCAUUUUACUUUGGAAACACUUUCAUAAUAAAGAUAAGUAUUAAGA